GAGGGCUCGCAUCCCUCGGAGCAGCCGGAAAGCGACCUGCUAAGUCAACAAGCAACCGCACCGGCCUCUUUUCCCCGCAAGCCCCUGGAAAUAUCUCACCAUGUGCCGAGGACUCGAACUGCUGCCGAUCACCUGCCUGGAGAGGGCCAAAGAGCUGAAAGCUCUGUUUGGAAGUUUGCUGCACAAGUCUGACCACAGCAUCCCUGCGCAGCCCCACAAAAAAAGCGAGACUCAGAGUGUCGAUGAGCGGCUGAAAUGGAAGGAGUCGUUUGAGAAAUUGCUGUCAAGUCAAAAUGGUUUGUGUCUAUUCAGAGCUUUCCUCGUGUCAGAAUUCAGCGAGGAAAAUAUUGCUUUCUACUUGGCGUGUGAAGACUACAGGACCACGAAACCCUCGCAAAUGUCGGAAAAGGCCAAGCAGAUCUUUGACGAGUUCAUCAGCGCCGACGCACCCAGAGAGGUAAAUCUCGAUCACGUUACGAAAGCCAUCACCAAGGAGAACAUCGAGCACCCCACCCGGUCGUGUUUUGAUCUGGCCCAGGCCAAAAUUUAUACUCUGAUGGAAAAAGACUGCUACCCUCGUUUCCUGAAGUCCUUGAGCCAGCAGAGCGAACAAGACCGGCUGAGCGACUUCCUCAAGAGCUGCGCGACCGGCGGCCGGCAGAUGUGAUCCUCCCGCCGGAGGACUUUUCGUCAGCUGACUGACGCCUAGCCGAAAGCGAUGCGCGACAAAUACCUGAGACGAGGAGUCGCGCGCCAGGUUCAGCGGACUGGAUUCCGAGCUGAAGGAGGACGCACGCUGAGCUGCUCGUGAGAAGACCCGCCAACGAGUCCUCGUGCAAGCCUGACAGCCAAACAUGAAAAAUAAUGCCGUCUUGCUUUCACACUGCCAGUACUUUGCGCCAUUAGUUAAUUUAUUCUCGUUCAACUGAAUGUGUAUUUAUAAGGAAAUGGAAAACAAUCAAUGUAUGUUUAUCAGCUGUUUUACCUUUUUUUUUUUUUUUAUUGUGAAAAGAAAUGCACCAAACAAAGGGAGACACAAAUUUCUCUGGAAUGUUCUGUCGUUGUAAGCCACUGACUCCUUUUAGCCAAUGAAUGCAAGAGAUGAGACCCUUAAAAAUACAUUUUUACUCCUAGAUGGUAUUCAAGUAUGUAGAAUGUCAAGUAGAUGCCACUUGAGUUGUUUGGGACUCCAACAGACAACAAGAGCGCCAACUCGCAACGAUUGCUAAGGUGCCAUUUCAUGUUUAAGCAUGUUUUCAACUGGGAAUAGGAAAAAAAAAAUAUGGCCAGUUGUUUUCUCAACAAAGCUUUUUGUAACUCGAAAACAGAAACAGAUUCCAAUUCUUACUGUGAACAUGUGCUGUUUUGACAACAUUGUCAGUUUUUUCCAACUCCUCAAAAUUAAAA